GUAACACCGAGAUUGCAACGGAUCCGUUUUCAAAACGGAAUUUGGAAUAUCGCGACCAACGCGACACGGAACGGAGAAAGAAGAUGAAGAAGGAAGACACAGUGAAGCUGAUCAGUGCCGAGGGUUUCGAAUUCGUGGUCGAUAAAGAAGCUGCUAUGGUUUCACAGACCAUUCACAACAUGCUUACCUCUCCAGGGAGUUUCGCUGAAAGGCAGCACGGGGAAGUUACUUUUCCUGAGAUCAGCACCACCAUUCUCGAGAAGAUUUGCCAGUAUUUCUAUUGGCAUCUUCAAUUUGCCAGUGGGAAGGAGACCGAGUUUCCUAUUGAGCCUGAAUUAACUCUGGAGUUAAUGAUGGCUGCCAAUUACCUGCAUACUUAAGCAUUUUGACUGCCCUAAAGAAGGAACUGUUGCCACUUGCUGUCUUGGGCUCUGAAGAAAUAUAAGCUAUGUAUCAUUGUUGCCGUUGUAAAGUGUAUCUUUGCCGCGACUAAACUAUCCAUGUAUUCUGUGUAAUAUAAUUACUAUUAGACGCAGCUUGCUAGACUGACGUAACUGAGUGAUGCUGUCUCUGGCUUUUCUGUUUCUCUGGUUGUCUGGUUCUGUCAGUUGGCCAUACCAUAAUUCGUGUAAACUAACAGAUUCAACAGAGAACUAUGAACGCCUCAUUCUUUCUUAUUCGAAAAGAAAAUACUAAUUCGAAGUGAACAAUGUAUGUAGUUGAAAUUAUAAGGUCAGGAGUUCCCAUUAAGUGUAUAUUUUUUAUCAUUUUCUUUUUUGGCCUAGCAUAUCCUUAAUUCAUUAUACUUAAUACCUUUUGAGUUAGGAAUUCAGUGAUGGGCAAGAUGGAAUUGUAAUCUUUUGCUGUUACUCUGUUAGGCAGGAUAGGAUCAAAGAAAUUGUUGCAGAAUGUUAUUUCUCUAUAUUUAGGAGCGUUCAACUGCACCAAAUUUGAGGAACAACUAGAAAGACAGGAAUUCUUACAAACAAAUCUGGGCCUCACCCUCUGAUAUAAAGCCUGAAGACGAGUUACAGCUUACAAUGCUAUUUCCCUGUUUUGUCACGAAAACUCACUGCAUAUGUGGAUGAAAUUACUCGAUACUGCUCAUUUAACUUACCUCGAUUUAGGCUUUGAA